AUGCCUCGGCGCCCGAAGAACAAGGCCCGUGCCCGGGAGAAACGCCGCGGUGAGGCUCAGGGUGUCGGGGGUGCUCCUGCUGCUGUAGCAGCAGCAGCAGCAGCAGCAGAGGAGCCCCCCCGCGCUCCCCCGGGCUCCCCGGAGGAGGCGGGUCCAUCUUCACCACCCGAAGGUGGCCCGGCCCCUGGGUCUCCUGGCACAGGGUCCCCAGGCCUGCCAGGCGACCAGGGCGCCGAGAACCCGGCCGCGGCUGCGGCCCCGGCCGCCCCUCUGGCCAUUCGCAAAACGCCCCUGAUCCGCAAGGCCAGCAUGCUGGUGCAGUUCCUGCUGGAGAAGCACAGCUCCGGGGAGCCCCUGAUGCGCGUGGCGCUGCUGAAGAUCAUCGGCAGGAAGUACCGCGAGCACUUCCCCGAGAUCUUCAGGCUCACCUCCCAGCGCAUGGAGCUGGUCUUCGGGCUGGAGGUCCGGGAGGCCGACGACCGCGGCCAGUCCUACACGCUGGUCAGCAAGCUGGCCCAACCCGGCGAGGGCACCCUGGGCGGCGGCAGCAAGGGGCUGCCCAAGUCCGGCCUCCUGAUGGCGCUCCUGGGCGUGAUCUUCAUGAAGGGCAACCGCGCCAGCGAGGAGGAGGUCUGGGAGUUCCUCAACGUGCUGGGCGUGCAGGAGGGCAAGAGGCACCUGGUCUUCGGUGAGCCGCGCAAGCUCAUCACCCGAGACCUGGUGCGCCAGGGCUACCUGGAGUACCGCCCGGUGCCCGCCAGCGACCCUCUGCGCCACGAGUUCCUGUGGGGCCCGAAGGCCCGCGCGGAGACCAGCAAGAUGCAGGUGCUGCAGGUCAUGGCCAAGAUCAACGACACGGUGCCCAGCUCUUACCCCCAGCUGUACGAGGAGGCUCUGCUAGACGAGGAGGAGCGCGUGGGGGCCAGACCCCAGGCCAGGGGGUCUGCCGCGAAGGGGAUGUUUCAGGUGUUCCGCUGGUCCCAUCCCUGCAGGGAGGAUCUGUGCCGGCUGCUGGAGACGCACAGACCCAUCUUCAUCACCUUCAAGGGACAGAAGUACAAUUCCACACACCCCACACUCCACCUGCUGUGCCAGCACUGCCACCUGGUGCCCCUGCUGCUCUGGAAGCCCAGCUCCGUGGAACCUUCUUUGGGUUUUCGGAAAGAGCUACAGCUGGCAUUGCCAUGGAAGGAUGGUGUGGACGAAUUCUGUAUAAGGCAGGGAUAUGAAAUAAUGGGUGUAGGGGAUGGAAUGUGGCAGACAGAACUGUACUGGGCCCUCAUCAAGCACAUCUCCUCACACCACACACUACCCACAUCACUCCCCACCGCAACCACAGGGCCCCGCCCACAGGGCCCCGCCCACAGAGUCCCCUCCAGGGUCCUCCUUGGGGCCCAGACUCACAGGAACGGAAGUGGACCUCCUGGCCCUCAAGAACUUCCUCCUGACCACGCCGUGGGCAGUGAGGCGUUGUCCAACAGCUCCUGCUUAGGGUGCCCUCGCUGCCGGUCAGCCCUGCCCAGUGUCACCAUGCCUCGGGGCCAGAAGAGCAAGGUCCGUGCCCGGGAGAAACGCCACCAGGGCCGCGGUGAGGCUCAGGGUGUCAGGGGUGCUCCUGCUGCUGCACCAGCAGCAGCAGAGGAGGAGCCCCCCUGUGCUCCCCCGGGCUCCCCAGAGGAGGCGGUUCCAUCUUCACCACCCCAGGGUGGCUCAGCCCCUGGAUUUUCUGGCCCAGGGUCCCCAGGCCUGCCAGGUGACCAGGGCGCAGAGAACCCAGCCACGGCUGCGGCCCCGGCCGCCCCCCUGGCCGCUCCCCGGGCCGCUCCCCGGGUUGCCCUCAGGGCCAUUCGCAAAAACCCUCUGAUCCGCAAGGUCGGGAUGUUGGUGCAGUUCCUGCUGGGGAAGCACAGCUCCGGGGAGCCCAUCACACGAGCGGCGCUGCUGAAGAUCGUUGGCAGGAAGUAUGGCGAGCACUUUGCCGAGAUCUUCAAGCUCACCUCCCAGCGCAUGCAGCUCGUCUUCGGGCUGGAAGUCCGGGAGGUCGAUGCCCGCGGCCAGUCCUACAGGCUGGUCAGCAAGCUGGCCCUACCCGGCGAGGGCACCCUGGGCGGCGGCAGCAAGGGGCUGCCCAAGUCCGGCCUCCUGAUGGCGCUCCUGGGCGUGAUCUUCAUGAAGGGCAACCGCGCCAGCGAGGAGGAGGUCUGGGAGUUCCUCAACGUGCUGGGCGUGCAGGAGGGUAGGAGGCACCUGGUCUUCGGUGAGCCGCGCAAGUUCAUCACCGAAGACCUGGUGCGCCAGGGCUACCUGGAGUACCGCCGGGUGCCUGCCAGCGACCCUCCACGCCACGAGUUCCUGUGGGGCCCGCGGGCCCGCGUGGAGACCAGCAAGAUGCAGGUGCUGCAGGUCAUGGCCAAGAUCAACGACACCUUGCCCAGAUGCUUCCCCCAGCUGUACGAGGAGGCUCUGCUAGAGGAGGAGGAGCGCGUGGUGGGCCGUAGCAGGCGCCGGUUCUAG